AGUCAGAUCAAACCACUUUCCACGUGUUGAUGGCCACGACCACUGACUCCGAAGCGCGUCUUAGUUUGGCGGCCCUGCUUCUACUUGGGUCUCUCUGGUUCUGCCCGGCGCGAGGCGACGCUCACUCUCUGUCCUAUAACUUCACCAUCACUCCUCGGCCCAGUCCUGGACAGCUGUGGUGUGAAGUUCAUGGCCAGGUGGACGGACAGGUUUUUCUCUACUGUGAAUGUGGUCAUGCUAAGAUCAUAUUCACAAGUCCAUUGGGAGAAGAAGUGAAAACCAUGAAGUCCUGGGAAACACAGAUCGAAACUCUCAGAGACAUCGGGAACCAACUGCGUGACUUUACACUGGAGAAACACACGGUCACGGAUCCUCUCACCUUGCAGGCCAGGAUGACAUGUCGCUGUGAGGAUGACAGACACAUCAGUGGAUCCUGGCAGUUUGGCUUGAAUGGACAAAUGAGCCUCCAUUUUGAUUCGGAGAAUGGACACUGGAGAGUGGAUCACCCUGGAGGCAGACGGAUGAAAGAGAAGUGGGAGAAUGACAGAGAUGUGACGGACUUCCUGAAGAAGGUCUCCAUGGGAGACUGUCGGGCCUGGCUUCAGGCUUUCAUGGGGCGCUGGGAGAAAAUGUUGAAGACCUCGGCAUCACCGACCACAGUUCCCCCUACGGUGCAGCCCAGGGCCACAGCCAUCAAGACUGAAGCCUGGAUCCUCCCUGUGGUCCUCACCAGUUUCAUCAGAACUGUCUUCCUGGACUGAGUCCUUUCAAAGAACAGGUGAUGCUGCUCCCAGGAAGCUCCUGACAGGUGCUCUGUCGGCCUCAGGACUCAGUCUUUCCUUGGCCGCCUUUGUUCUCCUUCUGCUCACUUUAGAGCCAGGAGAUCAGACCCAGGAAUUCUUCUCUCUCUUUUUUUUUUUUUUUCAUUUAUUUAUAUUAGUUGGAGGCUAAUUGCUUUACAAAUGUAGUGUUUUUUGCCAUAUAUUGAUAUGAAUCAGCCAUGGAUUUAUAUGUGUUCCCCAUCCUGAACUCCCCUCCCACCUCCCUCCCCAUCCCAUUCCUCUGGGUCAUCAUAGUGCACCAGCCCUGAGCACUUGUCUCAUGCAUCAAACCUAGACUGGCAAUCUGUUUCACACUUGAUAAUAUACAUGUUUCGAUGCUAUCCUCUCAAAUCAUCCCACCCUCGCCUUCUCCCACAGAGUCCAAAAGUCUGUUCUAUACAUCUAUGACUCUUUUUCUGUCUUGCAUAUAGGGUUAUCAUUACCAUCUUUCUAAAUUCCGUAUAUAUGCGUUAGUAUACUGCAUUGGUGUUUAUCUUUCUGGUUUACUUCACUCUGUAUAAUGGGCUCCAGUUUCAUCGACCUCAUUAGAACUGAUUCAAAGGUCUUCUUUUUAACGGCUGAGUAAUAUUCCAUUGUGUAUAUGUACCACAGCUUUCUUAUCCAUUUGUCUGCUGAUGGGCAUCUAGGUUGCUUCCAUGUCCUGGCUAUUGUAAACAGUGCUGCAAUGAGCAUUGGGGUACACGUGUCUCUUUCAGAUCUGGUUUCCUCGGUGUGUAUGCCCAGGAGUGGGAUUGCUGGGUCAUAUGGCAGUUCUAUUUCCAGUUUUUUUUAAGGAAUCUCCACACUGUUCAUAGUGGCUGUACCAGAACCAGGAGUUCUGAGUCUGCCUUCCAGUUAUGAUGACACAGUAGCUGCAUUGUCUUGUGACUCUUGUCACAUUUGGUAAACAAUCUCCUCAGUCUCUUUUUAUUCCCCAUCCUCUUUUGCCUCUUUCUCUUGAUUGUAAGUGAUGGAAUCCCUGCAAUGAAAUGUUCAACUACUUGAACAAGAAAUCCCCUCAAAGAGGACACUUUCUGUCUUCUUCUAAUUCGAGAAAAAUUAGACUCUUCUCUGAAUGGCAAUCUCAUUGUUGCAAAUGAUGAUAAUGCAAGAAAAAUUCCAUCUGCUAUUACAGAACACAGGGAUUCUUUCUAUGUUCAGAGAAACAACUUCACAGUGUUUUGAACAGAACAAAAUAUUAUGUCUGAAUGUCUCUUUUAGACAUUUUGUUUCCUAAAAUGAAUAGUUAAUUCAGUAUCUCACUAUUGCAAAAGACAUAAAUAUUUCAAGUUUCCUUUUCUAAUCAAGGAGGGAACUUGGGACAUUUCACUCUUUUUCCACCUUAUGGGAUUAAAUAGAACUGAUGAUUUGGCUACAUUUAUUGUGUAAGCAGAGAAUAAAAAGAAAGCUCUUAAAGUAACAUGCAGUCUAGCUGUCAAUCCCAAACAGUAUCCUGAUAUCCUGGAUCCAAACAUAUAUUCUGGAAGUUAUGCAAUGAAAUCCUUUUUUGUUUCAUCAAGAUCUGCACCCUCAGUGGUGACUCUCCUGUGUUCCUCCAUGCCUCCACCUCUCAAAGGAGAAGCCAGACUUCACAGCACAAACUAUAUCUGUUUUGAAAAGUAGAUUUAUUUCCCCAUAGACAAAGAAUCAUAUUCAGAAUAGAGAAUGAAGAACUACAAAUAAAUAAGAUAAAUUGUAGUGUUUUGGCCACAGCUUGAGCUUUUCACAUAUGGUGAAUUGUUGUUCAGUUGCUAAUUCCAUGUUGAACUCUGUGACCCCAUGGACUGUAAUAGGCCAGGCUUCCUUGUCUCUCACUAUCUCCCGGAGUUUGCUCAGACUCAUGUCCAUUGAGUCAGUGAUGCCAUCCAACCAUCUCAUCCUCUGUUGCCCCAUUCUCCUCCUGCCCUCAAUCUUUGCUAUCAUCGGUGUCUUUUCCAAUGACUUGGCUCUUCACAUCAGGAAGGCAAAGUAUUGGAGUUUCAUCUUCAGCCUCAGUCCUUCCAAUGAAUAUUCAGGGUUGAUUUCCUUUAGGAUUGACUGGUUUGAUCUCCUUGCAGUCCAAGGGAAUCUCAAGAGCCUAAUCUAGCACCACAAUUCAAAAGCAUCAGUUAUUCAGCACUCAGCCUUCUUUAUGGUCCAACUGUCACAUAAAUGCAUCACUAGUGGAAAAUUCUUAGCUUUGACUGGACAGACCUUUAUUGGCAAAGUGAUGUCUUUGCAUUACACAUCCUACUCAGCAUCUUUCCUUUUUCUUCUCAAACCAAUUUUACCACUUGACCUUGAUGCUCAGUUUUGCUUUCUUAUCGUGCAUGUGUUCACUGGAGGAGCACUUUUGAUUUCCUUUAAGUACUUUUCCUUUGCGUUCACAACUUGUCCAACUGUUUGAUGGAAAAGGCUUCUGUUAGGUCCUUGCCGGUUCUGUAUUUUAUUGUGUCCAUCUUUAAAUGAAAUGUUCCCUUGGUAUCUCGAAUUUUCUUGACGAGAUCUCUAGGCUUUCCCUUUCUAUUGUUUUCCUCUAUUUGCAUUGAUCAUCUAGGACGCCUUUCUUAUAUCUCCUUGCUAUUCUUGGGAAUUAUGCAUUCAGAUGGAUUUAUCUUUCCUUUUCUCCUUUGCCUUUCACCUCUCUUCUUUUCUCAUCUAUUUCUAAGGUCUCCUCAGACAAUCAUUUUGUCUUGCAUUUCUUGGGGAUGGUUUGGUCAGUGCCUUCUGUACAAUGUCAUGACCCUCUGUCCAUAGUUCUUCAGGCACUCUGUGUACCAGAUAUAGUCCCUUGAUUCUAUUUGUCCCUUCCACUGUAUAAUAUAAGACAUUUGAUUUCAGUCAUAGCUGAAGGGCCUAGUGGUUUUUCCUACUUUCUUCAAUUUAAGUCUGAAUUUUGCACUGCAGAGCUCAUGAUCUGAGCCACACUCAGCUCUCGGUCUUGUUUUUGCUCCUUUAUAGAGGUCCUCCAUUGUUGGCUACAAGGAAUAUAAUCUAUCUGAUUUCAGUAUUGACCAUCAGGUGAUGUCCAUGUGUAGAGUCAUCUCUUGUUUUGUUAGAACAGUGUUUUUGCUAUGACUAGUGCGUUCUGUUGGCAAAACUCAAAAUAACCUUUGUUGCCUUAAUUUUAUAUGCCAAGGCAUGUAGAUACAGCAAAAUCUCAGAGAUAUUCCAGACUGUGUUCCAGACUGGGGCAAUAAAUUGAAUAUCAUAAUAAUGUGAAUCACAGGGAAGGAGGGAUCGGGAUGGGGAACACACAUCAAUCCAUGGCUGAUUCAUGUCAGUGUAUGGCAAAAACCACUACAAUAUAAAAAAAUUUUUUUUUAAUUUUUUAAAUGAAAAAAUGCAUUAAAAAAAUAAAAAACAACAAAAAAUGAAAUAAAAUAAAAAUCAAAGUCCAGUUCUAAAAAAAUUUAAAAAGUGAAUCACACAAAUUUUUCAUUUCCCACUAUGUAUAUAGUUUUGUUGAUAUGGUCUGAAGUCUGUUAA